CGUCAGAUGCGCUUUCGGGCGUUUUAGUAUUGGCAGGGAUACUUUUAUAAACGAUGCGAAGACUGUAUGGUUGGAACAGAAGUUGUUUUCGUUUGAAAAUUCUAUUUUGACAUGAAAACGUGUUAUUGCGAACGUAGCCUUACUUCCAUUGCUAUGUCUACACGUCAUCAUAUCGGUUUAAAUAAAGCUCGUUGAGAAGUUAGCACUUUGCCCUUACAAAGAUGGCGGCUGUCGAUGUGGAAGAUGAGAGUAUCUUGGCUUCUAUUUUUAAGGAUAGUUUUGCUGAGAACUGGCGGGAGAAUCCUGAUUUUGCUGCCUAUUUGUCGGAAUUGAGUUCGUAUGGUUUGGAGAAGCUAUGCAGGGAGCCGGAGCGGCUGGCCGAAGAGAGGGCGCAGAUCCUGCAGCAGACCAGGGAGUUGGCCUUUUCCAACUACAAGACCUUCAUCCGCACCGCGGAAUGCACUCAGGAAAUCUACCGGGAUUUCGGCCAGGUAGAGGACUGUGUGUCUCGUCUUUUGGACAAGCUUCCGGGGUUUGGAGAAAAAUGCAGAAACUUUGUAAAAGAUGCUGAGGAAAUUGGUGCCAAUCGGAGAAUGAACAGCCUCACCCUAAAUCGACACACUGAAAUUCUGGAGAUUCUGGAGAUUCCUCAGCUUAUGGAUACUUGUGUCAGAAAUGGGUAUUAUGAAGAAGCCCUGGAGCUGGCUGCUUAUGUAAAGAGGCUGGAGAAAAAACAUUCCUCUAUUCCUGUUCUCCAGGGCAUUGUGAGUGAAGUACGGCAGUCUGCACAACUCAUGCUAAAUCAGCUGAUUCAACAGCUCUGCAGCAACGUCCAGCUGCCUGCCUGCCUGCGAGUUAUCAGCUACCUGCGUCGUAUGGACGUCUUUACUGAAGCCGAGCUACGCAUCAAGUUCCUCCAGGCUCGUGGCACUUGGCUACGUUCAAUCCUGUGUGCCAUAUCCAAUGAUGACCCUUACUUCCACAUAACCAAAACCAUUGAAGCCUACCGGGUUCAUUUGUUUGAUAUUAUCACCCAGUACCGAGCAAUCUUCUCUGAUGAAGAUCCACUGCUUUCUACCAGUGAACAGCUAGUGAAUGAGAGUGCAAUUUUUCAUGGCUGGGUCGUGCAGAAGGUCUCAGAUUUCCUUCAGACUCUUGAAACUGACUUGGAGAAAGGAGUGGGGGCUCGACUAGAUUCCUUACUGGGACAGUGCAUGUAUUUUGGAUUGUCUUUCAGUCGGGUUGGAGCAGAUUUCCGUGGCCAGCUAGCACCAAUGUUCCAAACAGUUGCAUUUCAGACCUUCCAAAAGGCAGUCGGGGAAGGACUGAAUAAGUUCCAAGAUGACAUGAAUCUUUACACUCUGAUCUCUGUGCCUUCUGUGCUGGGUGCAACCAUUCCACCUGUGGUCCCCUCUACCCAGCCUGGGAACCUGCAGCCUCCAAUGGUGCUUCUGGACUUUCCACCACUGGCUUGUUUUCUCAAUAAUAUUUUAACAGCAUUCAACGACUUAAGACUUUGUUGUCCGGUUGCCCUCACUUAUGAUGUGACAACAUGCUUGGAAGCUGCACUUCGUAAAGUGACAAAAUUAAUUCUGGCUUUUCAUCGUGCUGAGGAAACAGCAUUCAGCAGUCGGGAAAAAGAAUUGUUCGUCCAGUUUUGCUCUGCAUUUGCGGAGGACUUGGUUCCGUUUCUUAACCGCUGUCUCCAAGUUCUCUUUCCACCUGCACAGAUUGCACAAAUACUUGGUAUUCCACCAACACAAGUCCACAAAUACGGAUCUCUGGGGUGCAUCAAUGUGAAUUCAGUUUUGGAACCUUUGGAGUUUAUUUUGCCUAAAAAGGAAUCCAUUUCUACGGUUGUUACUCUUAGUACUGAUGUAGACAUUACAUCCGCCGGACCUCAGAAAGAAUUUGUAACUGCAGAACACUCCACGUCCGAGCCUUUGGAACAUCACAGGACUGACGCCCACCAAGAAUCGGAUGGGCCAGCCAGCACCGUCAGCCCAAAGCAAGACCCUCGGCAGGCACCGUGAGUCUGAAAACUGAAUUUAUAUCACCAUGAGAAUUUGGCUUCUCUACCUCCAAUAAAAAGAAGUUGCACAUGUUC